CUGAAACUCCAAUGCCCCGACUUCUGGGCCAGCCUCCAUGGCCAGGUCCCGGGACUGCUGGACUGGAACAUGGGCAAUGAGUCCUUCCUGGCUUUUACCACCAGCCACUUGUCCUUAGCGGAGCAGAACCUUGCCAGAUACAGACUCCGAGUAGUUCAGCCUCCAAAACUGCCUCUGGAGAAGAAACUCAAUCCUGACAAAGAUGGUCCUGACAUCGAGCCCAACCUAUGGAUGUGGGUCAACGCCAAUGUCGUGUACCCCCCUGGAAAGCUGGAGGCCCCGAGGAGGAAAGCUCCGACAAGCACACUCCACUCCGCUCAGCCACCCCUAAAAGAGGAAGAUCCCAGCUGCUCCAAGAUCACAGUGGCGGAGUCACUGCCACCUUCCUCCCGCAAGCAGUACCUCCCACAGAAGCGGUUUGCCUCUUCCCCAAGAGACUGGGAGGAGGAGGAGGAGGAGGAGGCUGAGGACCAGGAUGACAGCUCCUCUGUGGCUCUCCCAUCCCCUCACAAAAAGGCCCCCCUCCAGAGUCGGAGGCUCCGGCAAGCCAACAGCCAGGAGGGGAGGCUCUGGCCCCGGCCCCCCCUCAAUUACUUCCACCUAAUUGCCCUGGCAUUAAGAAACAGUCCCCCCUGUGGCCUCAACGUGCAACAGAUCUACACUUUCACUCGGCAGCAUUUCCCCUUCUUCCAGACAGCUCCAGAAGGCUGGAAGAAUACCGUCCGCCACAACCUGUGCUUCCGCGAUAGCUUUGAGAAGGUGCCUGCGAGCGUGCAGGCCGGGGCCAUCACGCGGCCUCGAUCCUGCCUCUGGAAGCUGACCGAGGAAGGGCACCGGCGCUUUGCGGAGGAGGCCCGCGCCUUGGCCUCCACUCGGCUGGAGAGUAUCCAACAGUGUAUGAGCCAGCCAGAUAUGAUGCCCCUCCUCUUUGAACUUGAACCCUUUUAA